GGAAUGUGGAGGCGGUGUGGGGGGGGGGUAGCGUAGAGCGGCGGCUGUGGCGGCGGCUUCUGGGGGUAGCCUCGCCGCUGCACUCCACGCGGCGGCGGUGGUGUUUGUUGUUGUUGUUGCCGUCACCAGUGCCCGACGUUAGUUUUACACGCCCGUGUCACUUUGCCGUCGUUUUAUUGCCUUCGACAACUUUUUACAGCUGUUUUGAGGGCGGUCAGAGGCUGCGCGAUGAUGCACACACGCGGUGCCGGGUUCAUCUAAAAACCACGUGAAGAGUACAUUUCCAUUAAACAAACAAUGGACAUAGCAUAGUUCUAAUUGACCCGCAGAGCGAUGGAUUGUAUCCUUUCAUGAAAAUGGACCACGACGAUGGGGGAAAUGAGGGAACAGACUUGGACGCCAGCGAAAAAGCCUACGAUGAAACCCACAAGCCUCUGGAAGACAUGGACGAGGAUGGCGUUAUUAUGGUGGAAGGGAGCCGAUACUGUGUCGAAGCUUGUGGAAACGUUCUACUUAGCCACAUCGCAGAGACUGUGGAUAAGGUGCAUCCUCCUCGCAAGCCUGGCUUAGGUGACGUUGUUUCGCAGGCUCCCUUGGAUGUCCUAGACAUAGAGGAGACGAGCUAUCCUACGACCGAUUCUCAGGAUGCUGCAGCUCUGUCGGCAGAAGGGACGACGGCCGAUGAAGCACACGAUGACCUCAGCUUUCACGUGAGCGAACUAUUGGAUUCGGAUGCAUUGCCGGGGUCGUUGGAAAAGCAGCAAAGUUUCGAAGUGGCCGAUGAAGAUGUGAGCUACCGCAUCAGCGAGCUGCUGGACUCUGAUCCAGUGGCUAUUUCUGUGUCUCUUGCGGAAGACGCCACCCUCAACAUCAGCAACGAUGAUACCUUCCAAAGUGAAAACUCACCAGAGCUCGCCAAAGAUAUUUCGCCCAGGAGGAUGUGGAGGGUAUCCCCAGAGCAAGGCAUCAUGGCAAGCACAAGCGGCCCUGCCAGAGAUGUGGGGAGUGGACAGCACAGAGCUUCACUUCAUGAAGAAUUGGGAAUGGAGUCUGCGGAUGAUUAUGACGAUGAGAUUGAAGAAGGCGGAAGGACGAGCGAGGAGGAAUCGGACCUGCCAUAUGACGGAGACCUGGACGAGGGUUCGGAUUUGAACCCCAACAGUGCGAGUAAUACGUCGGGUACAGGGCAGUCCUGCGCUCAUUUUUCCGAGCUGCAUGAGAAAGGAGCGUUGUCUCUAAGUGGAAGGGAACAGUCCACUUGCCUAAUAAACCUGGCACUUGAAAAUGAUACAGGGGACCGUGAGGGACUCAACGCUCAAUCAUUGUCACGCGAUAUCAAUGCAGGGCUGCGUUAUUCACUUGCUGAUGAGAUGGGAACACGGCAUGCUUUAGUAAUCGAAGAGGAGCACUUGUUACGUUCAAAUGAUGAUGUUGUUGGACCCAGCAGUAAUUUUUAUUUCUCACAAAUACGAGCUGAAGUGUUUCUCACAGAACCACACGAUGGAAAGUAUUUAUCAGAUACAGUCGACACAAUUGAACACUCUUCAGAGGCACGUGGCAAUACUUGCAAUUUAGAAGAUGAAAUUGUCUGUGUUGGUUCAGCCAAUGAACCACAAAACACUGUUCACUCAGACCAGGAAAUGCAAUACAAAGCCCAUGAACAUGUACUUAUUACGGCACAAGCGCAACAUGCACAGUCUACCUUUCAACAGCAGCCUUGUGAUAUGUUACACAGAGAACAAGAAGUUAAGUUGGAAAUAUGUAAUGAUGUAAUUGAGCCCACAGCCCAAAAUUCAAAGGCUGCCAUUGAACAAGUCAGUCACCCAUUUGCUGAGGAUGAACUCAGUUCCAGAUAUUACAUUGAAGCAGAAACUAUGCCCGAAAUUUCCUUCACAGAGAGCGUGGAUGCUGUCGCAGCAGCUAAACAAGCUGAUUUUUUAAUCAAAGAUGAAUUCUAUAGAAGCCAUAAAGAGGGCAGCAUGCAAAUUAUACCUGAACAUGACCAAUGGCUCCCCAGCGCUGACAAAGAUGCACAGACCUCUUUAAUUAUUGACCGUGAAAGUGUUGAGAUGGGUACAAAUGUAAACGGCAUGGGCGUGUGUAAUUCCGCAGACCCUUACAGUCAGAUAUCUUGCAUUAAGAAGCAAACGCUAUCAGUAUUAAAAUCAGACAAUUGUGCAGCUAAUGCACCAUCUGAUAGGUCAAUAUUGCUGGAUGAUAACCAGAAACAGAGGAGAGGACAAGUUCAUUACCCGCUGCCAAACUUGUCAAUGGUUGAGCCAAAAAUUAGGUCGCAGAAGAAGGCGAAGACCAAAGUAGAUCGAUCACCGUCUUCCACAAAGGCCAGUGUCAAGUUGGCCAGGUCUGUAUCGCACAAGCCCUUGGUUGCAACCGUACGGGAGGUCCUCAACAGCACAGAGCUUCCAUUGGUGUCGUGUAAGACGCGCUGCGUUACACCCGAACCUCAGGAAGGGACCCCCGCAAUGGACAGCGACAACCGAAGCCCAAACUCUAAAACAAGCGCAGAUAUGGUGCGGCAGCUGCAGGAGGACUAUGAUAAGCUACUGACGAAGUACGCCGAGGCCGAAAAUACUAUCGACCACCUCCGGCUCGGUGCCAAGGUGUCACUGUUUGCCGAUGCACCAAAACCUGCCAGCAGUGCCAUUCAUGUGGGAACCUUGAACACCCCAAGCCGGCCUGUAACCCUCACCAUCCCAAAACCGCAGCAGGCGUGGCUCAUUCAGCCAGGUCCAGGAAGUCAAGACCAUCCAGAUGGUGACUCAGGUGGUGCAGGGUGUUCCAUGCAUGAAGAGGAGGCAACCCCAGGGAUGUGCCUGACACGGGAGCUGGCCAGCCAAGCAUUAUGUUUCAGGGACAAGGUCAAUGAAUUUCAGGAGCUUUUAAACUCGGGAAAACUGUCAUUGGAAAAUCAGCAGGAGGCCUUUGAACAGCUGAGGAGGGACCAGGAUGGCCUCGAGCGGCAGUACAUGGCUCGGAAGGAGGAACACCGAGCCCUGCAAUUACAGACCCAUCGCUGUGGAACGGCCUCCGCCGGACACUUUGAUCCACACCGCGAGGUGGAAGGUGCGAUUUUUCAGCUGGGGAUGAGCCUGGAGGAGAUCAAGGAGCAGAUGGACGAGAGUCGAUGCAGGCCGUCGUCUCCCGACACAGCGCCGGCCUCCACGUCACUGUCGGCCACCGCUGUAAAGAUGCAGCGUGUCACCAGCAGCCACUCUGAGAGUCCAUUGUCCGUGGUUAUCCACCAACGCAUCACCUUGGACCUCGUGGAAGGGAGUGAGACCGACAAUGAGGUGGGGAGGGAGAGCAUGGAGGAGAGAAUGGGAGAUCAAGAGCGCAGCAGAAGCGAGACACACACCGAGCCCGGGGAGAGUGAUAAAGGAGGAGAUACGAUGGAGGAGGAUAGGGGAUCGGCCCACGGUGGAGACUCGUCAGGGCUGAGCUCACAGAGUUACCACCGCGGCUCCCAAGCAACGGGCGGGGCAGGGCCGCGCCAACAUCGCAGCGUUGCAGCACCAGCGGGAAGGCAGCGCCGUGAACGGGCGCAGCACCCCGACGUCUGGGCUCAAGGCAAAACGGACGACCGAUCGCAGAGGUCCACGGCCAACGCGAAGGAAGAUUCCAAAAGCAAUACGUGUCGGAGUCGAGACAUGGAUGGACGGGAGGAGGAUGAGUUGUUUGGAGGCCCGGGAAGGAGGGCGCCGACACCUCAACCGCACUCGCCUCUCCAGCCAAGUCAGCAGCCUCCUCUUCCUCUCAAUGUGAUGUUUAAUUCUGUGGAGCCACCUUCUCUGUUUGCUGAGCACAGACACCAAAGAGACAUGCAGUCUAAAGAGCAUCCGAAUCAAAAGACUACAGAAGCUGGAGAAAUAUCCCGGCACGUAAGCCAUAUCAGUCUUGCCAGCAGUGGAAUCUCUUUGCAAGGGAGCUUCGAUAAUUUCCAGCGACACAGACAUUCCAUCAAAGAGGAGCGCGUGAUUUCUCCCGAGACAGACAGCGGUUUCGUUGGCUCAGAGAACGGGAGGAUAACUGGCAGGGCCUCGAGUCUGGCUGAGAGUCUGCGUCUCACUGCAAGGAGCAGCAGCUCCCACCCGUCUCUGCCCGAGGAGUGUGAGAGCGACGCCCCAGCUGUUGCACCGGUGUCGGCGGAGCCUGCGCGGCAACGCGGGGUCUGGUCCGACGCAGAGGCCAGCGAGGCGGUGGGAGCGCACGGACUGCGCGUGGCGUGCAGACCCAGCGCGUCCUCAAGCCGGUGGAACGCGAGCGCAGCGAGCGACUGGGACUCGCGAGGCUGCCAGGGUAGAGAUAGAUUGGACGAUUUGGAGCGUGAAGACGUCUGCAGUCUGGAUGGAUUUCCCUGUCGUCCACUGAAGAAAGCAGAAUUGGGCGGCCUUGACGGAGAACAUCCCAGGGGGAACGCAGCGUGGAGCCGGGCGGUUAAUGGGCUGCAGAGCGAGGAUGGCGACCCACCGUCGCGGCCGUGCGAACGCCAGCACAGCGACGACCUCGCGGCAGCAGAGGGAUCGGUGCUGCGGGGUCCCAGCGAGGAGGUGGAGGCAAGGGAGCCGGGCGUCACACCCCGAGCGAAACGAACCCCGUCUGAGGGGGCCUACCCCAACCUGAGUCGCCUCUCCGUAGGCCCGAGGAGAAGAAGUAAGAAUGUCGCAUGGCCAGAGGUGAAAAGCGUCCCGCGAUCAGAACCGUGGACUCCCCCCCGCUUGCGCUCUUCUCGAGCCACCCUCUCCCUGGCUGACCUGCGGCACCGCGACGAGGAAGCGGUGGGGACCCCCACAGCCUCCCCGCCUUGGGCUACUCCCCCACGCCGAGCGGCCACGCGGGGGCAUCACUCACGCGACCACCUGCUCACCGGACCCUACAGCGGUACCAGCAGCACUGGAAGCCAAACAACAUUAGGUGUGGAUUACAAAAGUUUCCCUCCAGGAAGACCGUCUGGAAAAUUGUUUGAGAGUGACCAUCCCUGCCCGGGGUGUUCUUCAAAAGCCAGGACAUCAGAGAGACAUUGGGACAGCGGGACAAAGAGGCUACCUUGUCCCGUCUGCAAUGGUUCCGGGGUCUACAUUGAGUCGAGUAGCCACGAUGAAGAUGAUCUGGUGCUGGGAGACCUGAGGGAUGAGACUGAGCGCUCGCCUCAAUCGAGGAGGCAGCAGCACAGCAAUAUCAUUCCCGGGCUCUACUCGGGGUCCUACGUCUACCCAGCAUUCAGAUACGGCCUGCCCUCUGCGCUGUACGUGUCGCCAUAUCACUCCCGCUUCUACCUACCGGAAGCACCGCCCAGGAGUCGGGCGCGCCCACGCGGAGUCAGCGCCGGCCGGGCACGCAGCGAGGACAUCGGCGUGGUAAGGACGCGACGCCACAACUGUCAGCGUGAGUGUUGUUGGUGUGGUGUUGCAAUGAGGGUUUUUUGUUGGUGUCAUAACAGCUCCACACCACUUUGUGAGUUUCCGCAGGCGCAUUGGUCGUGUGUUGUCUUAACCGCUCCACGCAAGUGUUAGAAUUAUGGACAAUAGGUGACCACGUGACCCACAGGUGAGAGCGGAGUUUAGCGCUGCUUAUGUCCUGGGUAUGAAUUCAGGUUUCAGCCGCCUCUGAUUAAACCGGAUUCUCAAGUUAGUCGAUUGGUUUAAUUGCGGUCAACAUAACGCUACAAAAAAACAUUGCAAUAAAUCUGGCUAUGUGCUUUGUCGCUAAAUUCUAGCUCUGAAUAAAAAAAUGUCAGUGACUGGUGAACAUUUUCAAGUAGUGAGGGUGUUAAAGUGUUGCCCCCCAACUUGACUGUCUGGAACAGAGGUCACUUGAAGGGAUUUCAGACGGAGUGCUGUGAUCUACACAGGAUUUCGCUGCUCUGGAAAAUAUCUUGAUAAGCUGUCUAGUGACACAACACCAACAGCACAAUCGGGAUACAAUUUGAGGGAGACAUUCCAAACAAUAAUUAUUCGUGUUGUUGUUGUCGUAAUUGCUCCACGCCUUAGCCUACCUGUAAAAUGUCCAUGCGAGCAUUGUCAGUGUUUUUGUAACACUGUGGGGUGCUGUGUUCCCAAGUCCUUGCAGGGCUCCGAGCGGGAGCUAUGCAAGUCUCUGGACCGCGCGAUCAGGACGGCCGAGGGGAUGCGGCGCACAAGCCAGAGGAUGGUGGAGUUCCUCUCCAGGGAUAUCGCCCAUGUGCACACCGCACACCAGUUCCUCUUCCGCUGACACGGUGUGGUGUCGUGCGCUCCGUAACCACUGUCGGCGAACUCGCGCUGGAUACCGCGGUGGGCUUCUUCACACUCUUUGUGGUACAGUAUUACGGCAAGGCGUAGUGGCGCACGCCCGCGAUCAGGCACUUUGGGAGGUAAGGGUUGGUGGUGGAGCACGUAUAUUCGUUAAAUUCCCAUACCCGCAGAGCUGCGAUGUUGCUUAAGAGAUGGCAGUACUGGAAGCGGGUUUAUGAGCACAUCUGUGUGAACCUUAGUGUUAUUGCUUUGUGUGCCAGGUAUUCCUUUUUCCCUCCACAAAGCACUCUAUGAAAAUUGACAAAACAUCUCAUGAAAGUCUUGAGAAUUAGCGAGGCUUUCCUGGAUAAUUACAUUGUUACAACUUACAUUCCAAAGUAUUUGGUAAUGCUUGUUAAGACAGUCAUGUUGGGCCAAGGCCCAUUGAGACAUGCCUGUAACAGCAUUGUUAAGUGUUUUAUGACGAUUAGGUGCACAGCUUGUAUUACCAUAUGCUAUGUUAAAUUUCAAUAAGUGCAACACCCUUGCCAGAAAUAGGAUGAAAUGAAACGCCCCAUUUUUCCAGUUGCAAGACUAUUUAUUGUUAGGUAGUACUGCAAUGCAAACUAUUGCAGAGGUUUUAUAACUCUUAAUGGUUGUCAAUUUUAUAGCUCUUUAAAACCCAUCAACUCUCUGAACUAGUCAUUUAAACUUCUAAACAUAUGGACAGACCGAGCCACGCAACAACACCAUUUAAGUAUUAAAUUAUGGCAUCCGGUGCCUUCAUCAGUUCAAGAGUUGCAACGUUGCCCUUCAGCACAUUUUAUCCUGUGUAAUACAUUGAAUAAGACAAACACUUAAAGACAAUCAAAUGCUGCUUUAACUAUUCCAAUGCAUUGUUAUAGUAACAAUUGUUUUUACGGAUAUUUUAAAUACAGGGAUUGCAAAGACAAAAGUUUUGCACUUGAGGUUUUUUGUAAUGAAAAGUGUUUAAGGGUUUUUCUUCUAAAUUUGUUUCAUGUCAGGUGUUAUAUUUGAGAUUCAACAGCAUUUACCAAAUGUUUUAAAUUAUUGAAUUUGAUCAAAAUGUACAUGUACACUUUUUGACUUAUUGUAAUAAACUUUACGAUAUUU